AUUCAUAUAUUCUCUUGUCAGAAUAUCCAAGGUGUUCUAAAUGUAUCUAAUUUCUAUUUUAAAACAGUCAAAUAUAAUGUAGAAGAUUAAGGCAAAGAACUGGAUAAUUAUGGUCUAUUGUAUUUAUUAAUAAUUUCGUUGGUAAUUAUUUUGCAAUGUUAGCUCCUCAAACUAGCUGCAUAAUUUUUAUAUCCUUUCUUUUCAUUUUUUUCUUUUCUUCUUUCCCUUUCUUUCUUUCAAAAAAUCGUUUCAACGAAACCUAGUAUAGAAUUCUGUUAAGACAUGAUAUGUCUGUUUACUCUAUUGAUAUUUUUAAUAAUAGACCUAGCCUAUCAUUAUUUUAUGUACAUACAUAUUUCAUUAAGGGGGGAGUCGUAUUUCAAUGGUCCUCUUGUGUGACAAUUUGUAUUCAGAAAUAAAUAUUUGUUUAUCAGGAUAUGUUCAAAUCAUUUAUUUGUAAUUGUUUUAAUUUGUAUCACUACUAAAUAUAUUAAUUCACUGGAUCCGCCCAGGAGGUGAGUAAAAGAAGGGAACUAACUCUAUGUAAACUCCACUUCCUGUUUACCUAGCAACAUAAAAUGGCGACCGUCUUUCCGAGUGGAGAUGGAUAGAUUCUAUUAUUUUGUUGGAUUAUUCAGCAGUUAUUUUCUGUAGAACCAGAACUCGUAGUAAAUUAAAAUUUGUGAUUUUUCUCCUUUCCAUAUCCUGAUAAAAAUUUGGAAAAUAUGGCGGUGGUAGCCGAAACACAACAAUCUUUUAAUCCAUCACUUGGAACAACACAGGCCAUCAUGCUCGAUAAACCGCGGGUUCCCAUUGUAGCCCACAUCAUCACAGACGAUGAUAUUGGUAUUUUGAAGGGAACAAAACUCCAGCCUAUCAACUUAAGCAGAGUUGUCAAACUUCUAACAGAUCCACAUUCAUUGCACCUGAUAGAUAGACACGUUAAUGCUCUACAGAGAUUGGUGAAACACUAUCAAAAGGGAUUUCCUAUGAAGGACUUAGUCCAGGUCUUUAAAAUCCUCAAUGUGUGUUCUGAUCGCGUCGCAGGACAAGAGGAGGAGCCAUUAUUUGAGAAGUUGAUUUGUGAUAUUCUAAAAAUCUGCAGUCUGCCGUUCCUAAAAGAGAAAUCAUCAGAUGAAGUUGUGUUUGAACAGAUAGUGACAGAAUCUGUGUCACAAUUAGGCUAUUUGAUGCGAGUUCCAUCCAGAGAUAUAAGGAAACAAAUUUGCGAGACCCUUGUUGCUUUUUACAGCGAAAAACCAACCAAUCAAGAUGUUCAGAAGCUCCAAGCCACAAAUUUGUCCUACAACAAAAUGGUGAUAGAGAACAGUGACGUAUCCGAAACAUUAGUUAAAUCUUUGGCAUUGCUUGAAAAAGAUGUCGACAUUAAGCUGGCCGUUCUCAGUGUCCUACAACAUUUUUCUAAAGGAUCAGCUAAAAACUGUGACCAGAUGCUUAGAGCUAGUGCAGGCACCACAGUUUGUUCACGCUUGAUGGACCCUGACCCCACAGGUCAGCUUCUGUUCCGCUCUGUUGAAAUUCUAUGGAAUAUGCUGGAGUAUGGGGACCAAGGACAGCUUGCACAUCAGCUGAACAAUUUGACAUGUAUCAGCCAGCUAAGAGAUGCGUUUGUGUACCAGCUGACUCAAGGAUACAGUCACUAUGGGAGACAGCUCAGAAAUGACCUCCUCGUUAUUGCGAUGUUGGUGGCUGCUAAGUGUCCGAAUGCCCCAUUUGUAGAAACAGGAUUUGCCAAGCAGCUGACAUUAUUCGCAACAUUCCAAGAAGUGAAAAGUCACAAUGCUUUGGUGAAGCAUUUGAAGUUGAUGAAGAGCCAUGAAGAUUUUGAGCUGAAGAAAUUGUUGUUCAGUAUCCUGGUGACUCUCAGCAAAGAUCCGUCUGUCGUCCCCGUGUUGUCCGAGGGGCACCUGAUGCUGGCCUUGUUUUCCUUUGUAAGGGCCAAUGAAAACACCUCCGGCCCACGGGAGUGGACUCCGGCCCAGUUUGAGGAGAUCCAGCUUCACGCUAUGUCCUGUCUGUGUGCCCUGGUCCCCCUGAUGAUCGAGGAUUACAUGACUUGCCAGGGCAGCACACGCUUACUUCUGCUACUGGAGUGGUGUGUUGGAGAAGAGGACUUUGGUGGCCAUGGUAACAGUUUCCAUGGCAGUGGUGGCCGUGGCAACAAAAGAGGACAGAUGAGACACUGUUUACGUUUACUGCGUAGUGUCGUAUCCACGGCUGAUGAGAGUGUUUUACAGGAUCUGUCAGACCAGGGGGUUGUCAACCAAAUCAUUACCAUCUUGAAGAAUGCUAUUAGGAGUGAGACAGAGGAUGAUGCAGUGGAUAUUGAAAUGCAGUCCGACAUGUUGCUGAUUCUUUCGUGCCUGUGUGAGGGAGACAUGCACAGAAAGGAGCUGUUUGGGGUGGAUGGAGUGGAAGUGAUAAUUCAUUACUUGAGGACCAACUCCAAGUUCCUGAGCAGUGGCCUGGGUCACCACAGACUUCUGUUGUCUGCUGUUGACUGUGUCUGGUGUGCAGUUGUCGGUUGUUACCUAACAGAAGACUUCUUUUUAGAGAAAGAAGGCAUAUUCCUGCUCAUCGAUCUUCUUGAGGUCUGUCCAAAAAAUACACACAAUCUGAUUCUGGGAUGCCUGUUGGAUCUGUGUGAAAAUCCAAAAACUAUUCACCACAUUCACACAUGGAGGGGCAAGGAAAACUGCUCGGCUGCCCACUUGUUCUGUGAAAUUUACAGGAAUGAGGAGAAAGACAUGGGGGUCAAGAGGGACAAAGAUGGGGCAAUUUCUGACAUUACCAAGCCCCUUAUGGGGACUCUCCAGGAAUACCAGGGUGUGGUUGCCCUCCCAGCUAGUAACCCCAGUCAAUCCAUUGUAGAUGUAUCAGAGAACAUGAGGGCCAAGCUCUAUUCACUUUUCUGUAAGAUUGGAUGGUCUGAUCUGUCUGGGUUAACAGUAGAAGAUCAUGUGACCUUGGUCGUUUUAGAGAAAUACAUGGAUUUCAAGAUGGGAGAAGUUUGGACAGAAAUCAUUCAGGAACUCCACGUAGAAAACGUCAGACCCGUUACCCCAGAUAUGGAAGCUAUUGAGGCCAUUUCUCGAGGAAUUGAAGAGCGGGCAAAAAUUGUGGCGGGUACCCAGUACGAGCUCUUGGAGGCCCAACAGAACCAAGAUGCAUUGGACGAACAAGAGUUUUACGCGGAGAUUCGGGAGAACCACCGACAAAGAGAGAAAGCCAUGAACGAUUUCACAGAUUUUGUUGCUAGAACAUCAAACUACCAAUUAUUGAAGGCUGCCAAGAAGAGACAAGCUCUGUCAAUAGAGGCUUCUCUAAUGGGCAGUAGAUACCGAGAACAGUAAGAUGAUUAUAUGUAUAACACAAGUUUGUAUUAUUCAAAUGUUUGCAUCGUAGAAAAAGGGUGGAUAAAUAAGUUUAUUUUCAAUCACCUGAAACUUUAUAUGGCUAUCAGAAGGUCAUCAGAAUUUAUAUUUUCCAAAGUGUUCUACAAAUUUGGGGGGGAAAUCAGAAUGUGAAAGCAAUCAUUAAACGAAAAGUCUUGUGAGAUUUUAUGCGUAGAAACUCGAUAUUCUUUAAAUCCCUCUGGAGCAGCUUAUGUCAGGAGGUAGUGGAGUGCAUUACCCAGUUAAUUCACCUUUUUUUUUUUUUUUUGGUGGGAUUUAGAGAAAAUUAUGCAAGAUGUUGAUUUCAAUCUCUGACAUCAUAAUGGUUCCAUGGGAUAUCCAAAUUCCAGCUAUUCCUGUGAAUGAUUGAUGGACACAAUGCUUUGAUGUUUUUGCUUUCAAAUCAUUUUCUAAAGUUUUUGUCUUUCUCAAUUAAAACUUAUAAUUGUUAGAUUAGGAUGUACAUGUAUAAGAAUUUAUGAAUUUGUGUUUUAGAUGAUCACAAUAACACAUACAGUAAACAAGGUCUAAAUUUGAUAUAUUUUUUCUUGUUGUUCCCUUUAGUGUCAGCUAGAUGAUGUUUAAU